AGCCCUGGCGGGUGUGGGUUCCCCCGCUCCGGAACCGGUGGUGGUUUUAAUAACCAUUUCUUCUCUUCCUAUUGUGAAAAUAAUUAAAUCAAUGGAUGUGAAAGAUGUGCUUCUGAGAAGAAAUCAGUCUCUAGAUCACCAUGGCAACUGGACAGAAGUUGAUGAGAGCUAUUAGAGUUUUUGAAUUUGGUGGACCAGACGUGCUGAAAUUCCAGUCGGAUGUUGCAGUACCAAUUCCAAAAGACCACCAGGUUCUAAUCAAAGUCCAUGCAUGCGGAGUAAACCCAGUGGACACAUACAUUCGCUCUGGUACUUAUAGUAGGAAACCACCCUUACCUUAUACUCCUGGUUCAGAUGUGGCUGGGGUAAUAGAAGCUGUUGGAGAAAAUGUAUCUGCUUUCAAGAAAGGUGACAGAGUUUUCACUGCUGGCACGAUCUCAGGGGGCUAUGCGGAGUUUGCUGUUGUGGCUGAUGACAAUGUGUACACACUGCCAGAAAAACUGGACUUUCAGCAAGGAGCUGCCCUCGGUGUUCCAUAUUUUACUGCGUACCGAGCUCUGCUCCACAGUGCCCGUGGGAAAGCUGGAGAGAGUGUUCUGGUUCAUGGGGCUAGUGGAGGAGUAGGACUAGCAGCAUGCCAAAUUGCUCGAGCUUAUGGCUUAAAGGUUUUGGGCACAGCUGGUACUGAGGAAGGAAAAAACAUCGUUUUGCAAAAUGGAGCCCAUGAAGUGUUUAAUCACAGAGAGGUUAAUUAUAUUGAUAAAAUUAAGACAUCUGUUGGCGAAAAAGGAAUUGAUAUUAUUCUUGAAAUGUUAGCUAAUGUAAAUCUUAGUAAUGAUUUGAAUCUUCUAUCAUAUGGAGGACGAGUAAUAAUUGUUGGCAGCAGAGGUCCUAUUGAAAUAAACCCCCGGGACACCAUGGCAAAGGAAACUAGUAUAAUUGGAGUUGCUCUGUAUUCAUCAACCAAGGAAGAAUUUCGGCAAUUUGCAGCAGCUCUUCAAGCUGGAAUGGAAGUUGGUUGGUUGAAACCUGUAAUAGGUCCUCAGUAUCCAUUGGAGAAGGCGGUCCAGGCUCAUGAAAACAUCAUCCAUAGUAGUGGGGCUACUGGAAAAAUGAUUCUUCUUGUGUCAUAAUUAAUUCCUUCAUGUAUUUCCUAUGUAAUUAGAGGUCUCUUAUCCCAGUUUUACUUACACUAUCUCUGCUUUAAUUGGCAUUCAUUUAAUUCAGUGAGUUUCUUAUAUUAAAAAACAAGAUUUGUCUUUAGAGAUCCUGGGCAGUGGAGCACAGUUUAUGUUGUAGCUGACAAUAUUCUUUAUGCUGUAAUCAAGCAGUCAUAGUAGGAAGUAGAAUGUUGUGGUCAUUGACAUUGGGGUGCAUUGUAGAUAUUCCUGUUACCUGAUCAUUAGUUUCAUACCUUUGAUUAAAAUGUGCUAAUUGGAAAUAAGACUGCUUGAUUUCCAAGCCUACUUCUCCUUAGAAAGUUUCUUUCAUCUCUGAUUAGCCCAGACCUGUAUUGGACUCUGCAGAUUUUUGGGACUAAACAAGACCCCUUGUCCAAGCUAAUCUUAUCUGGAUCUACAAGCUGCUUGGAAGGGCCAGAUAAACAAUAUUUGUUAAAUUUCUAAUAUUUACCAAAAUACUAGAACAUUCACUAUGCUCAUGGUUGAUUACCAGUGGUCUGUACAUUCUGGGACAGCAGCCUUUUUUUGGUGUAAUAUGAUCCUAGGUGCAUAGUCUCCAGAUAGAUACUUCUUGACUGACCUGCUUUCAAAUUAGAUUUAGAAUUAUAUAUUUGUGUGAUGGGGGUCAUAUUUUUAAAAAAUAAAUAAAUAAAUUUGACACAUUAAGAAU